GCCCUGCGUUGCGCCAACGUGAUUUCGAUGUUGCCGUUUUCUCAUUUCUUCUCGUGCGAUACAGGCGUGCUGCAGACUGUUGGCACUGUGUGUGACUGUCGCGCUGCCAUUCGGAUAUUUGAAUUAGAUGUUUAAACCGUAAAAAUAUAUAGGAUAUAUGAUCGGGUAAUUAACAGAUAACACCACAGUCGACUGUUAUUGUAUUAUUGCAUCAUAUUCGAAAUUGUAUUCUCAAUUUGGACCCAGAACUAUGGCUAAAUAUCCAGCAUGGUGUCUUCUUGCAAUCUUUUCUCUCCUGGCUGUGAAAGUCUUGUCCAAUGACCUUGAUCUCGCAGAUGUCGUGGCUGGUGAGCCUACAAAAGCACCUGCUCCCAAGCCCAAAACUGAGCCAGUGGAAGUGCCUGAAGGAGAUCCUGGCACAGAUCCUGCCAUAGACCUCUCUGACGUUGGUCUGGAUGACAAACCCCCGACCCAAGCUCCAGUGCAGGUCGUCACUGCCGCCGUCGCCACCAAAGCUCCCGAGAAUCCCCAACCUAAGACUGGUAACCAGGAAGAUCUCACCCAGAAAGAUAUCUUUGCGGCCACGGUCCGACCGGGCCUACUGCCCCGUUCCACAACCAGAGCGCCCAGAACCACACGGCCACCUCCCAGGCUCCAACCGGAUGACUUCGACCUAGGUGAUGCUCUGGAUCCAAAAAACGAUUCUGGAAAGGACAAGGACAAGGACAAGGACAAGGACAAGGACAAGAACAACAAAGGAGAUAAAGGCUUUGGAAGCGGGGGCAGGGGCGAUGGGAGACCCAACAACAGAGGAGGCAACAGUGAUGGGCAAUUCUCAAAUGAUGAUCUCUUCGACACUGGGAAAGAUGAUGAUAAGCGGGGAGGAACAGGCCCAGAGGAUAACAAUGACUCUGGCUCCAUGGCAGAAACAGGCACUAUUGCCGGCAUUGUCAGUGCCGUGAUCGUGGCGUUAGUAGGUGCCGUUAGCAGCUACAUCUCCUAUCAGAAGAAGAAGCUGUGCUUCAGCAUACAGCAGGGUCUGAAUGCGGACGUCACCAAGGGGGAGAACCCAGAGGCUGUGGUUUCCCAGGAGCCGCAAGCCCAGCAGACCCUCCUGCAGUCCCCUAAUGCAGAAACCCCGAACAACGAAAACACUCUCUAAGCCCACACCCCCCUCCUCCUCGUCCACCCCCUCACCCCCACCCCCCGUGAAGAGGGCAGGAUACCAUUGCAUCGUCCCACAGGGCAGACAUCAGCACCCCCUCCCCUUUGCAGUACAAAGCACCCCCCAGAAGACCCAGCUGCCCUGCCCCAUAAUGGACUGUGUACAUCAACAUAUUUGACUGUUUGACAAAAAAAACAACUUGUUUACAAUUUCUGAAGGACAUUCCAGAAUGAAGGAUCUCAUUUAUUCUGCUUUGGGUUGGGAAGCUAUGUCUCUUUCUUGUGGGUGCUGUGGGAUGUGUCCAAAUCCUCCUGCUUUCCAAAAUUUCCCCCCUAUAUUGGUGUGAUAAUCAAACAGGGUCUGUAGAGGCUGAUUGUUAAUUGCAGUACCCAGCGGAUUGACAGUCACGAGGGCAGGGCUCUGAACCUCAUUUCCAUGCGCAGUCAUGCUGCACUACAAGGGGGAGCUUUGGUUCAGUGACUGCUCAUGGAAUAGCAGUUCCAGUUCCAGUUCAAGCCCUCUUUAAAUUACGGCACGUCCAUCCUUUGAUGACCAUAUUUCCCCCUGCAAAUCUAGUCCCAAGUGUUUCAGGCUCUUUUAUUUAGCUUAGCAUAAGGAUAGCUCGGGGCUCCUUGGUAAGUUGGGCCACUUUUACUUGCAUUUAAUUGGGCUACUUCUGCAGUUUAAUUUGGAAUUCCAUUCACCUGCAAGGAUGAUUUUUUUUUUCUUGAAAGGCGCUGUGAUUUUUAUGCCUAGCCUUUCUGGUGUUUGAAGUUUGGAAAGGAAAAGAAAAUUGUGAUGACGUACAAAUACAUUCCUCAGCCACAAAUGUGGAAAGUAUGUCUGAAACCAUGACUGUAAUGGGAUACUAAUAUUGACUAAUAUGAUGUUGGUGUGUAUAUAAUUUUUAUUGGAAUACCAUAGAAUUCCAAUUUUAAGAAGGGAAUUUGAAUUGAAUGUGUAGCUGAAGUUUAGGUAAAUAUGUCACAGGGAUAUGAAGUGUCUGUAGACAUACAUGAUAGCUCUUAGUGUUAGUUUAUCCUUGUUCUUCGCUUGUAACCUCUCAUGCAACCAGACUAAUAUGAGAUUGUAAGUUGCUUUAUAGCAAGCGGGCUGUUUAAUGUUUUUGGAUUGAUGCUUGUACAUUGCUGCUUGAGUAUGUUUGUGUUUAUACAUGAAUAGCUUUGUGAACCUGUCCCUAUACUCACUUGUGUAUGUAUGCAGUGGUGUCGUUCCCCUCUUUAUUGCUGAAUAUGCGUGUUUGUAAUAGUGUCAGUCCUAGCCAUUUUGCUAGCUCCAGUGUUGGUGUUGUAGUAUACGUUCCAAGUGAUUUUUUGGAUAAUGGAUAAUUUUGCACCUGGCUUUCUUUUGCUUGUUGUAGCAUUUAAUUUCGCCUGAACCAUGAUCCCUUUGAGCCAUCUCAGCGCUUUGCUUCCUACACGACUCCAGGCGGCCAUCGAUUAACAUUACUACUGUUUCUCCAGUGCCACUGUUGGUGCCUCUUUUCUGCGUUUCUUUACUGUCAUGCUGGGAACGGCACUAAGGGGGAGCCGGUUGAAAUGUGAAUUCACCACUUUUACCGAAUGUACUCAUUUUUUUCCACUAUUUCCCCGCAGUCAUAGGAAGGAUAUGAUGCUGCUCACAACAAAACAUUUAACACCAAAGAUGUAGCAGCGAGGGAUCGUUUUUGCAUCUUUGUGUGCGUUGCUUUGUGUCCGUUGAAUGUUUUACUGGUACUAGAAAUAAUUAAGAUGUAGCCUCUAAACUACCGCGAGACAAUUGUAUGUGAAGUUGUUUUGGCAUUGAAAAAAAGAAACUCUAACCCUUAAAGUGGAGCUUUAAGUGCAAGUUUACUGAAGUAGAAUUAUAUGUUUCCGUUAAGACCAGUGGUUCUCAAAUUCUUUACCAUUUUCCGAGUAGGCCCACAUAUACCCCAGAUAAACCGAAUCAUUAUAGUAAUUUAUGCCUUUUUACGUUGUUACAUUACAUUACAGGAAUUUAGCAGACGCUCUUAUCCAGAGCGACGUACAAGCAUGUUCCUUUCAGCAUGUUGUUCAUAUUAAGAACCAUUAAUACAUUUUUGAAAGAACAAAAAACUAAAAUUGGUUUAAAAUACGUAAGUAGUCUACGAUACUAGCACAGUAGGCUUUUACCAUGUGGUCUAACUUUGAACUCAUUCUAAUUCUGGUAAUUUAUAUUUUACAGUGUGCUGCUAGCGGCACACAUAACUGGUUUAUCUGUAAAUUGGUACAGAGAAAAAAAAAAAAAAAGGUUUGGGAGUCACUGGUUUAGACCAGAACUUUGAUUCAUAUUUGUACAAAAAGUCUUAGUUACACUGUAUGACCCGUUAUCUGGAGAAGGUGCAUUUGAAAUGUGUCAUCUGUGCACAGGAAUGAUCAGUGCUUCUACAUCUUAGUCACCAGUCACCCGAACCUACAUGGGUAAACCCAAGUGGUAUGUUGUGUGGAAUUGAUGGUCAUCUUUUCCUGAAGUUAAAUUCACAGUUAUAAAGUAAUGGCUGUGUUAAUCUGCACAAGGACAUUUUGUAUGAAUGAAAUUUGUCAAAGUGAUGAGGGGAAACCUUUGUAGGAAUGUAUAGUGACGAGCGGAUAGACGUAGAGAGUAAGGGUGUUGUGUGUUUUUUCUAGUGAUUGGAUGCAGAGGGAACAGGUUUGUACAAGGUCUGCACCUUUCCUCCUUCAGUCGUAAAUUCCCAUUUAUGACUGUUGCUGAGGUCUGAGAGUGUCUGUUGAGUAGACAAGCCUGAAGUUGCACUUGAUGGUUGGUUUAUCCUGAGCACCAGGAUUUUACCGAGGACCAAAUUAAAAAUGGCCGGCCAGCAGAUGAUUUGGCUGUUGUAAAUCUGUAUGGUUAAGGGUUUUCCUAUAUAGAGUACUAAGAUGCAUUGGGGGUAAAAACAUUGCUGUUGGGGAUUUUCUCUCACUGUGUGUGUUGCUGCCGAAUUUGAUCUGUAACUGAGGGCAGUUAGGACCUGAAGGACGGAGCGUGCCCUGUCUACAUGUUCCAUACUCCUGGAUCCAUACUCGCACUGAAAUAAGCUCAGACCUCACUACUGUCACCCAAAAUCACUGUUUCUGGAUCAGUACUUCCACAUACGUACACUGGUACACUACAUUCACCUCAAUACCACAGUUCUAUAUAAGGCUGUCGCUUUACUGCUUGAAGGAUUUUUUCUACUGUUGCCUUUAAAAAAAAAAACUGUUUGCAAAUCCCAAACCGGAAUUCCUCACAGCUGCUCCUAUCAGUGCCUGAAAACCCAAGGGUGGACUUCCUCACAAGAGCAAACAUGCACCUCAGAUCCGAAUUCUCUCUCGGAUGAUUUCAAAAAUCAGGAACGUGGAGUUUGAGAGGGCUGAUAGUGUGCAGGUAGUGUCUUACUACCCUGCACGGACAAACUGUUUGCUGUUCCUGAUGGUCUGAAUGUCUGUAACAAUCAUGCUACUGUAACUCACUGGCAUUAUAUUGAGAACAGUGAAUACAAUUAAACUUAAUAAAAUGAUUUAAAAAAUGAA